GAGAAAACCUGAGCCCCGUUGCGAGGGAAGGGACAGGGAAGGGUUUUCUGAUAAUUCAGCAGCACUGUCAGAGAUUUGUGCGAGCCGCUCUGAAAAAUGACACAGGGAAUUAAUAAAUCAUGGGCCUUCUCUUAGAAACCUGAUGACUUCCACCGGCUUUCGUGGUGGUGAAAGAGGGCCUGGGCUCUGCUUUAAGAGCAGGGCGAGCUUGCUGCUGGCUGAGGAGCCACCGAUGAGGGGACCAGGAGGCUGGCCACUGCGAGCAGGGCCAUGGAGGGCAACACGCACCUCCUCCAGGUCAUCCGCGAGAUGCGCUCCCAAAUCGACGCGCUGGAGCGGGAGAACCGGGCCCUGAGGGGAGAGCUGCAGGCCUGCGGGCUGAGCGCCGCGGCAGCGAGAGGUGGGAGCCUCGCCAGCCCCAUGGCACGGCCGGACCCCUCACCCGCAGCCCCAUGCCCAGGCCCGACGGCCGGCCCUGCAGCUGCACCAUCAGAGCAGGAAGACACCACCAUGACCGUGCGGCGCUACUCCACCGCUGCGUCUGUGCCCGCUCCUCCUGGCACGAGGCCUCACAGGGCCGGCAAAAGGCCGCCGAGCAGCGGGCUCCCUGAAGUGCAGGGCAGGGCUCAGCUGCCCACCUGUCCCUCGGCAGCACAGCAUGUCGGCGACGAGGGAAAAGGGCUUGGGAAGACCCCAGCUAACUGCUUCUCCAGCAGCAGUUCCAGCAAAAUGAAGCUGUUCCAGGAGCACGUCCGCAGGUGCAGGGGUAAAGUAAAGGCCGUUAGUUUCCUUUUACCGAUGGAUGUGUCGUCAUGUGCUGAAAAUCAAGGCUCUCUGAAAGGCCCACAAAAUCAGGACACAAAAGAGUUAACUACCAUCACUGAAAAGGAUAUGUGAGCUGGUGAAUUUUUAAAGGCCCAUUGAUUCCUGAGAUAAAUUGGCCUUAAACGAUAGCUAUGUGUCAGGUUCCUUUUUUGCAAAACGCUUUGGCAGGUUGCCUUCAGAGAAUCACCUAGACUGUGUUUCGGGUCACUGGCCUGUUGUUCAGCAAGGAAAUGGAGGCCAUGACAAAAUCAGCUGAAAGCCUGUACACUGCAAUGAAGCCACGUGAUAGCAAAGGAUCCUCCACAAAGCAGCUUCUGCUCAACCUCUCUCAAGGCUCUCUCACCUCAGGACUGCUUUAAACAGGAUGUUGAAGCUGUUUUUGCUGUGUUUGUCACAAAAACGGAAACCAAGUCACCUCGUGUUCACCAAUCCUCUUGCCAGAAAUGUCUUUGUUGCAAAUGACAGAAUAAAAGCUGCUAAGAACUGGGAGGGCUCUUCUGCACUCAGAACUUUAAAGCUUCACAAGACCAAUAUAGCAAAGUUAAGGGGAUGUUACUGAAUCAGUUAACAGUACUCUGAAUUUCUGCAAAGACAGACAACGACUGCUAAUGCCCCCUUCAGGUUCACCUCUAGCAGAGGGCAGGGGAGCAUACAUACUAAUCAAUAUGAAAACAUGACUGCAAAUCUGUUUCUGACCUGGUGUGUCCAUCCAGUCAGAGGUGGCCAUAUACCAAGCCAAAGUAGGAAGGAUUCUGAAUGUCAGAAUUUUUCAGGAUUGGCUUCUGAACACAUCUCAGAUCAAGAAUCAGUAGCAGACAUUCAUUGAACUGGUGCAAAAUAGAUGUAAGAAAAGAUAAUGGACAGCUUGUAAAAAAUGAGGAGUGCUUGCUAACUGAGGUUUCAUAUGAGUAAAGAUAACGUCCCAUAUUUCAUUUGACUACAGGUAUUUAUGGAUCAAAACUGCCAUACAUACCUUGGUAUUUCUUUAUGUACAGGCAGCAUGGAUGUGUGAAUGUCGCACAGAGAAUGCAUGAACAGUAGAUAUUGGUAACAUAGGAAAGUUGUCAUCUCAUGGUCUACUCUUAAAUUCUUGAGCCUUCAAAAGUGAAAGCAGUGAGCUGGUAGAAAAAAUUCAUCUUGACUUUCAGAGAUGUUGUAUACUUCUAUAAAAACAUAAGCUCCUUUUUGAUUUUGAAAUUCAUGCUGUUUUGU